AAGGCUUGAACCGAAAGAAAAACAGUGGGAGAGAUUCACGUCUUCGGCCAUCCGGUCGCGGCCAUUCACGGCCUCCGUUGUCGGUGCUCGGACCCUCGCCUGAGAGAGAGCCGUCCCUUGAUCCCUUGCUUCCCGGAAUCCUGCCUCCUCCGGGCCGGCGCGUCGAAUUGCGCUCGGGGCGGGCGGGUCCCCGUCGAGGCCGAUCCGGCGAUCCCAACGUCGGGGCGUUUCGUCGGUGCCGUGGGGUUCGUGCCGCGGGCGCCGGCGCCGGCGAUGUUUUGGAAGGAUAGCGGCAGCCGGAGCAGCAGUGGCAGCGGCCGGGAUCAGAACGGCGUGGGGCCCUUCGGCCAAGUGCGCGUCCUCAUCGUCGGUGAUUCAGGAUGGUGUAUUGCAGUAUUGGUGUAGCUCUGCUUGAAGGUGUUGGGAAAUCUUCACUGGUGCAUCUUAUUUUAAAAGGUUCUGCUAUUGCUCGGCCAGCACAAACAGUAGGAUGCACAGUGGGCAUUAAACAUAUUACUUAUGGAAGUACAGGUGGUUCAUCCAACAAUGUCAGUGAUGCUGAAAGGAACUUCUUUGUUGAGCUUUGGGAUGUCUCAGGACAUGACCGAUACAAAGCAUGUCGGUCAAUAUUCUAUACACAAAUCAACGGGGUCAUAUUUGUUUAUGACCUUUCUCAGAGGAAGUCCAAGUCAAACUUGAGCAAAUGGGCUGUUGAAGUUGCUGAAAUGGGCACCUUCUUAGCUCCUCUCGGAUCUGGUGGACCUGGAGGACUUCCAGUGCCUUAUCUGGUAAUCGCUAAUAAAGUGGAUCUCGUGCCAAGAGAUGGUACAAGAGCAAGCAGCGGGAAUCUUGUUGAUCUUGCUCGCCAAUGGGCUGAGAAGCAGGGCUUUCUUCGGUGUAGUGAAGAACUCCCACUCACAGAGAGCUUUCCGGGGAACUCCGGCCUCCUGUCGGCUGCCAAGCAAGCAAGAUAUGACAAAGAAGCUCUGAUCAAGUUUUUCCGCAUGUUGAUCAGGAGAAGAUACUUUUCAAAUGAGCCUCCUGCCCCAAAUCCCUGGUCUCUUACUCCAAGAGAAGAUACCAUCCUUCCUGUAGAGACUCUUGGAGAUAGCACGGAUAGCUUCCAAAGGAAAAGCCUUAGUGGUGAGGGCUUUUUGUACAAUGGAGUGGUCCCACUUCCAGCUCAGAGGAACCUCGCACCGCCACCCACUCUGAAUCCGCAGCAGCCCGUGUUGUCCUUGGAUAACUACAGGUAUCACCGGUUCUCCUCCUCGUCGCUUCCAGACGUGAGCAGCGGUCGAACAAGCCGAGAAGAUAUGAAUGUAUGAUACACGCCAUCAUACCCGCAAAAUGUGGUAAGCAUAUGGUGCCCUGGAAUUGAGUUCCUACCGGCAUCUUGAACUGCCUAGUGCCUUGCUUGCAGCAUUUGAAUGGUGCCAAGGCGAGCUCUUGUUUCGGUUUAAUUGUCCUGUCAUUAUCUGAUCACUAGGUGAUUCCUUCUCUCCUUUUCCUUUUCUUUCCCUCCCAUCUGUAUUCACUUAGAAGAAAUGCAUAACUGUCAUGAGGACAAUGUGCAUAACGGUGCCUAUAUGACUAUAUACUAAAAGCAAUAGAAUAAUUCUUUCUUUUUU